CUUGGGGCUCAGUGGGCCUGGGACGCGCUUCAGCCUUCCGGUGCGGUUCGGGUGGGCUCAGGCGGGGGACGCAACCCCCCGGCUCCUGUCCUCCGGGCACGGCCCUGCGCAGCGGCCAUUUGUCACACGCGAAAGCACUAAGUGCCCUCUUGGGACCCUAGGGAGCAGCCGAGCUGGUGGGGGUCCUGAUUCCGGGAGAAGCAGGGAGAUACGGCGUCUUUGCGGGCAUUACAGAAGACACUUCACCUCGAACCAUGAAUCUCGACAUCCAGUGUCAGCAGCUGAGUGACGCCCGGUGGACGGAGCUCCUGCCUCUGAUCCAGCAGUACCAGGUGGUCAGGCUGGAUGACUGUGGCCUCACGGAGGUGCGGUGCAAGGACAUCUGCUCUGCCCUCCAGGCCAACCCCUCGCUGACCGAGCUGAGCCUUUGCACGAAUGAGCUGCACGAUGCCGGGGUGCGGCUGGUGCUCCAGGGCCUGCAGAGCCCCAGCUGCAGGAUCCAGAAGCUCAGCCUCCGGAACUGCUGCCUGACGAACACCGGCUGCGAGGUCCUGCCCGACACGCUGCGCUCCCUGCCUACCCUGCGCGAGCUGCAGCUCAGCGACAACCCGCUGGGGGACGCGGGCCUGCAGCUGCUCUGCAAAGGACUCCUGGACCCCCAGUGCCACCUGGAGAAGCUUCAGCUGGAGUACUGCAACCUGACGGCCGCCAGCUGUGAGCCCCUGGCCGCAGUGCUCAGGGCCUGGAGGCACGUCAAGGAGCUUGUGGUAAGCAACAACGACAUCGGCGAGGCUGGCGUGCAGGUGCUGUGUCGGGGCCUGGUGGACUCUGCCUGCCAGCUGGAGACGCUCAAACUGGAGAACUGCGGCCUCACGCCGGCCAGCUGUAAGGACCUGUGCGGUGUCGUGGCCUCCAAGGCCUCGCUGCAGGAGCUGGACCUGGGUGACAACAAGCUGGGUGACCAGGGCAUCGCCACACUGUGCCCCGCGCUGCUGCACCCCAGCUCCCGGCUCAGGGUCCUGUGGCUCUGGGACUGUGACAUCACCACCACGGGCUGCAGAGACCUGUGCCAAGUGCUCAGGGCCAAGGAGAGCCUGAAGGAGCUGAGCCUGGCAGGCAAUGCGCUGGGGGACGAGGGUGCCCGGCUGCUGUGCGAGAGCCUGCUGGAGCCUGGAUGCCAGCUGCAGUCCCUGUGGGUGAAGUCCUGUGGCCUCACGGCCGCGUGCUGCCCCCACAUCAGCGCGAUGCUGACCCACAACAAGCACCUCGUGGAGCUGCAGAUGAGUGACAACAAGCUGGGCGACUCCGGCGUCCAGGAGCUGUGCCAGGGCCUGAGCCAGCCUAGCGCCACGCUGCGGGUGCUCUGGCUGGGGGACUGCGACGUGGCCAACGGCGGCUGUAACAGCCUGGCCUCGCUCCUGGUGGUCAACCGCAGCCUGCGGGAGCUGGACCUCAGCAACAACUGCAUGGACGACCGGGGCAUCCUUCGGCUGAUGGAGAGCCUGGAGCGGCCUGACUGUGCGCUGGAGCAGCUGGUCCUGUAUGACAUCUACUGGACGCAGCAGACCGAGGACCUCCUUCAGGCCCUGGGAGAACGCAAGCCAGGCCUGCGGAUUAUCUCCUGAGAGGCCUCCUGCCCCCCCCCCCCCCUCCGGACCUCCUGGCUGAGAAUGAAGAGAAGUGUUCAAAUCGAUGGACUUCUGUGGGAAAGUUUCAGACACUUUUAUUAAAGCACUUUUUUUGGCA